UGAUUUUCUAUAAUCUAUGCUAUUAUGGCGACUUCGAUAGAUCGCGUUGCGCGGUAUUGCGUGAUACGAUUGUUGAUUUCAGUUGGAAUAUGGCAAAAGGUGAUAAAGAGUUAGAAAAACCUAUAGUGAAUAAUGAAUUACCUAAUCCGGAGUGCCGGAGCACGGACCAUGAAGAUUCGGAAUCGGCACAGGAGCAGCCUCUCGACAUCGGAGAGCAUUAUUUGGUGCGGCGUUCGGAUGAGUCAUGGCACCCGGCUGAGAUUAUACAGACGCGAUACAAUGCCACGGAGGGCUGCUACGAGUAUUAUGUGCACUAUGUCGGCUACGAUAGAAGGCUCGAUGAAUGGGUAUCCCGACACAGGGUUAUGUCAGAUAGAUUCGACAUGUGCGAACAGUCGAAUAACAACAUAAAUUGUGACCACCUUCUCACUGAUAAAUCCGGCCGGAAAAUAACAAGGAACCAAAAACGUAAACAUGAUGAAAUUAAUCACGUCCAGAAGUCUUACGCAGAGAUGGACCCGACGACGGCAGCGCUUGAGAAAGAACACGAAGCUAUCACUAAAGUAAAAUACAUCGAUAGAAUCCAAUUCGGCAAAUAUGAGAUAGACACAUGGUACUUCAGUCCUUAUCCUGACGAGUAUGGCAAGCAGUCUAAGCUAUGGAUAUGCGAAUACUGUUUGAAAUACAUGAGAAUGGAGAAAACGUACAGGUACCACCUGAGCGAGUGCACAGCGCGACAACCACAGGGUAGUGAGAUAUACAGGAAGGGAACAAUAGCUAUAUUCGAGGCAGAUGGCAAAGAACAUAAAAUCUACUGUCAAAAUCUUUGUUUACUUGCUAAAUUGUUCUUAGAUCACAAAACAUUAUAUUUUGAUAUAGAGCAAUUCUUAUUUUAUAUAUUGUGUGAAGUUGACAAGCAAGGAGCACAUCUUGUUGGAUAUUUCUCUAAAGAGAAGGACUCCCCGGAAGGGAACAAUGUGGCGUGUAUACUGACACUACCUCCUUAUCAGAGACAAGGUUACGGUAAGCUACUUAUAGCAUUUAGUUACGAGUUGUCCAGACUUGAACAUGUAGUGGGUAGUCCAGAAAAACCAUUAUCAGAUUUGGGCAAAUUGAGUUACAGAUCUUAUUGGUCUUAUGUCUUAUUAGAAGUAUUAAGUGUGAGUAGAGGCACAUUGAGCAUCAAAGACUUGAGUUCCAUGACGGGGAUAUCUCAAACUGACAUCAUUUCUACAUUACAGUCAAUGAACAUGGUAAAGUAUUGGAAAGGUCAGCAUGUUAUAUGUGUAACACCAAAAAUAGUCGCAGAACAGUUGGCUAGCUCACAUUUCAAGAAGCCUCGUUUGACUGUAGACCCGUCUGCAUUAAGAUGGACUCCUCCACACAAGCAGGGUAACUCGACAAAAGCAAAAAAGUAGUACAGGCUAACAGGCACGGCUUAGAGGAACUGAAUACUAGGUCCUGCCGAUGGGACUACCUCUAAGCGUUGGCCUGUUUAUAAAGAAUUCAAUAAAUAACUGAUCCUGUUUAAUGUUUAUAGAAUGUAAAUUUAACAUCACUGAAGUGUUUGUUGUAAUUCAAAGUGCCUUUAAAGCAAUAUAGUGGAAUUCUUAUAAGAAAUUUAAAAUCUUGUUUAGGUCCUAUAGUAAUCUUGAUUGAUAUAUUAUUAUCUUUAUUUUGUUAACAGUAAUGUAAUGAUGACUUGAUUGUUCCAUUACCAUCAAGAUUAGACUUGAAUUAACAACAGGUUUUUGAAUUACAACAAGUUAGCUACUAUACUUCCCAGGCACUGAGAUGCUCUUUGAAGCUUGCAGUAACUUUGUCAGGAUGUUAAAAAUACAUCCUAAGCAUUGUAUAGAAAAUGCUAGAGUAUUAUAAGUAAGUUACAAAUCAUUGCUUUAAGUAAAAUCAAAUGUUCUGUGUCAUUUGUUGUUUGUGGAGAUAGGUUUAUAAACUCUUAAUGUAACCAGUAAAGGAAUAAAGCAUUUGAAAGUUUAGUAUAAAGAAAGAAAAAAUAAGAAAAAAAGUAAUACAAAAGAGACUAUUGUAAAAUAAGGCCUUUGAUUAGUAGCUUUGGUUGACAAAAAAAAUAUUUUUAAAUGAAGAUCAUUGUAAAUACCUCAUUGAAUGUGAGUAGUAUGUAUAAUACACAUCAUUAAAUGAUCAUGUUCAUGACCAAUUACAUGCAUUAUGCAUAAUGUAUGCUGCUGAUUCAAACCGCUUAUUAUGUCACUAUUUGCAUUCCUUGUGGUUUAAACUCCAAUUAUUUAUAUCUGUAUUUUAUUUGCCAGUUGUAUUAUUUUUUAAUUUGGCAAUGGUUUAUUAUAAAUUAACAGACUGGUGACUCUAAUGCUAUUGUUUCAAAGCAUAAAACUAGUAUUAUCAUAAUUUUAAUUACAAUUUGUAUGCAUUAAAACAUCUAAUAAGUAUCUAUAUUUAACAUGACUAGACUAAUAUUUACAUAAUGAUAAUUAUGAUAAGAUAUGGUACAAAGUAAUGAAUCUGAUAUAGAGUUGCCGGCAGUCUACUUUUGAAACUUCAGUGGUGAUUGUAAGAAGUUUUACUUAAUGUCUAUAUUUAAGAUAAUUUUACCAUGUUGACAUUUUGAUUACAGAUGCUCAGAGACUACUCUAAGCACUGGCCUUUUCAUGAAAAAUAGUUAAUUGAUAAGGAAUAAACUCUUUGCCACUUACAUCCAAAGUUAAACUAGAUCUGUACUCAACAACUUAUUCAGUUCCUUUUUUUAUACUGGUAACAGUGAUACUAAUGAUUAAGUUUUAAAUUAAGUUCUACAGUGAUGAAUGGAACUGUCUGACAGUAUGCACGUUUAUUUUAGCUUUAAGUUUAAACAUUCGUCGUUUAUAUGUUUACGACUAUUUCUGUAACACUGUUACAAAAACUUAGUAAUUAAGUAGACUUUUAGUUUUAAUGACAACUGGCAAUAUUUCGCGGAUUUUUUUUCUGUUCAAAUUGCCUCAAACCUACAAAUCGAAUGUCUGUAUUGUUAAUAUUAAUUAAUCGUUGCCUUAAGUCCAAUCAAAAGGCGGUAUUGAUAAGCGAUGUAAUUUACAAAAAUGUGUAUAAAUAUGUAAUUAAAAAUUCUAUUAAAUGUUGAAUAAUGAAUGUUUGAAAUACCAAAAAAAAAGAAUAUUAGAAAGCGUUAUCACAUCUUUGUUAUUUUUACUUCGUAUCAGUGUCGCUCGCUAAUUUGAGGAAAUCUGUUAUGUAAAAGGCGGUGCCCUAAAAUGGGUUCGUAGAAGUAUGCGGUAGGCCCGUGUGUAGGCAGCGCGUUAUUGUUAAAAUAUUCUCUUUCCGACCAGUUUGUUUUAUGUCGUCAUAGUAGGAAGCAAGGAAUCUGGUUUAUAAUAGACUUGUUCAAUUAGUCACAUCGGAUUUCCAAACUUAUUGUAUUGAUGUUUUGUACUGCUUUUUCCCCUAUAAGUUCCAUUUAAUUAGUGACUAUUUCGGAACUUCAGGACGCGCUAAUGAUUUAUGUAAAGAGUUGAACGACUUGUGUUGCUAGGUGGGCGGCAUCAAACAGUAACUCUUACAUCACCCUAGUGAGGAGAACACGCUGAAAUUAUUGUGAAAUACUUAUUUCUGAAAUAGUACUGAACAAUAUCCAAGAUAUUUUUAGUAGGAUAAGUUUUUCUUAAAUUCUGUAAUGUUAAUAUGCAAUGUAAGAAUCUUUAGUUGAUAACAAUUUGUCACUUUGUGUUGUGUCAAGUUGCAUUAGAAAUGAAGAGGUCUAGCCGUUGCCGUCUUUUAGAUUCUGUGAAUCAUCAGUAAUUUUCACUGUUUAUUUGUGAUAAUUUUAAUUGUAAGUAAAAGUGUCAAAUAAAAUGAAUGCAGAAA